UAGAGGUCGUGACAAGGUAGGAGCGAAAGGAAGACGGCGGCUGGCGGCUGCCAUGGACGGGGGUGGAGAACGGGAGAGCACCAAGCACGAGGUGGAGGCGGAGUACCACUGCCACGACUUCGACUGGGAGGACCUCCGGGCGGAUGUGGAAGCUAACCCUUCUUUCUCCUAUCACCUGUGCCCUUUCCCCACGACCACGGCCACCGACGCGCCGCCAGCACCGCCGUCGGAGGCCUGGAAAAGCUUCCACCGUCGCCACGCAUCCGGCAAGUUCUUCAAGGAAAGGAGAUAUCUUCUGAAGGAAUUUCCUGAACUAAUUAACAGCAAAGAAUGUGCAAAGGUUCUAGAGGUGGGGUGUGGGAAUGGAAGCACUGUUGUAUCAAUUCUACGAUGUAGUCCAAGCAUCACUGUCUAUGCUUGUGAUUGUAGUGAAGAUACUCUACAGAAAGCAAAUGAGAUUGUGUUCAAUACACAAGGGGUUGAUGCCAAGGAUAGGUUCCACCCUUUUUUACUGGAUGUUUCUAAAGAAGCAUUUCCAGAUUGGCUGUUCUGUAAUUGGUGUCAAAGUUUUGGUGCAAAGGCUGUUGACCUCUCACUAGAUUCAGGUCAUCAUAAUAUAAGGAACGAACAACCAAUUGUGCUGAAGGAAAAUCAGUGUUGUAUUCACGGCAUAGAUGUUAUUACUAUGAUAUUUACGUUGUCAGCCAUACCAUAUGACAUAAUGUUAGCUACUCUACGGCGGUGUGUUUCUGUUCUGAAACCAGGUGGCCUUGUUCUAUUCAGGGAUUACGGCAUCUAUGACAUGACGAUGCUUCGAUUUUUGCCUCACCAAAGAGUGGGGUUUCGGGAAUAUAUUCGUGCUGAUGGUACCUUCUCGUACUACUUCUCGUUGGACACUGUGAGAGAACUCUUUGAUGCUGCUGGACUACUGGAGUUGGAGCUCGAAUACUGCUGUGUGAGAUCAGUGAACAGAAAGAAUGGGAAGAACAUGCGACGUGUAUGGGUGCACGGCAAAUUUCAAAAACCCACAAGUUAACGCCGUAUUGAGAUGCUGAGCUGGCUGGGGUAGUUUACUUGCUGGGUGAGGAAGCGAGGCCCUCCAGCUCAGAGCGAACACACGGGACGCCACAGUUUUAGUGAAGCAACUUCCAGUCGAGGUCAUCUUUGAGGCUGACAUGCUCAAACAAAGUGCAGCGAUGUCUGUGGACACGAAAAGUUGGUUAUUGGAGAAGGACCCCCAAGUGUUCCUUCAACUUCUCAUGAUUUGGAUCUCACAACCUGGUUUCUUUGGUCUGGCCUCCGGACCAGUUAUUCCGAAUUGCAGCACAUGUAGCUCAUCUUUUCUGUUUUCUUGACAGACAUGUAUCAUUUUUUUUUUACAAUCAUGUAGCGCAUCUGUUAAUUAAAGACGGAACUUUGGAAACA